AAGGCAUAUGAAGAAAACAAACAAAGCUGGCGCUGCGUAAUGGAAGCCAGUUUCGAAAUUUUAUUGUCAAGCACCAUUUACAACACAUUGGAGAUUUGUCAGUACAGUGGGUGCUCGGAUACAACAUAAAAAUUCAAAAAUUAAAUUUAAACAAAAACCAAUUAAAUUGAUUGUUAAAUUAUUAAGUGACGGUUUUUUUUGGAACUCUUUCUGGAACUUUCUUCAGUAGCAGCAGUCUGACUACGACCGACCCAAUCCCGAGAACCGAGCUUCAUCUGACCUCUAACAAAGAAAGUGCAGGCAAAGUGCAAUAGCGCCGAGAAGAAGAGCAAGCCAGAGCCAAAUUUGGUUAAAACCGGUUACAGCCACAGCCGCAGCGACAGCCACUGCCAAUUCAUUUGCGUCGCAAUUUCCCGAACAAAGAAACUAAGGAAAACUCGAGGCCAACCGACAUGGAGAACAGGCAACAGCAGGAGCACGAGCAGGAGCAGAACCAGAGCCAGAAGUUAGGAAAUCGCACCGAAAGCGAGAGCUCAGUUAACAGCAUGACGCGCUUCGUGGUGCCCAGCCUGGAUGGUAGCCCGCCGAAGAUCGUUACUAUUGACGAGGUGUCUGGGAUUUUCAAGGACCUCAGGAACAUGGAGCUGGCCCAUGAGAUUGCCCUGAAUCCGGAAUUCAAGCUGAAACAGUAUGAACCGCCAACGCACAGCUUUGAGGGGCGCGUCAAGGCCAUGGUGCACAAGGCCUACUGGGAUGUAUUGCGCACGCAGCUGGAGCGCCAGCCGCCCCAGUACGACCAGGCAAUACGGCUGCUUGCCGAGAUCAAGGAGUGCAUUCCCCAGCUGGUCACACCCAACGAGCGCACGCUGGUGCGAAUCAACGAGGUGCUGGAUACCGACGUCAUCAGGCAGCAGGCGGAGCAGGGCGUGCUCGACUUCAAGUCCUAUGCCGAUUUUGUGAUUCUCAUUUUGUCGCAAUCGUGCAGUGCCGCCCGGGAUGAGGCGGUGGCCGAGCUAAGCAUGAUGGACGAUGUAGUAGACACCUUCCGCAGCAUUCUGGAGCUGAUGGCGAUGAUGAAGCUGGACAUGGCCAACUUCAUGCUGGAGCUGGCGCGAAAGGAAAUCUCCGCCAAUUCGGUGCAGUACGAGAAGGAGAAGCUCAGCAAGUAUCUGCACGAAUUCCAUGGCAAUGUUGGUUUCCCGGCCACUGAGGACUGGCUCCAGCGUAAUCGCUCUGAUGUCAGCAGCAUCCAGACCAUCUACAAUGGAUACAUGGAACUGAUCGACUAUCCGGAAGACAAGGACUUCCCCGAGCUUCUGCGAAUUGACAAGGAGCGCUUUGCGGGUAUAAGCUGGCGGGCUCAGCGCCUGAUCCUGUGCGCCUCGCUCAUCUCGAUUGCCCAGAGCCCCCCAAUUAUUUCGCAGCGUCCCAAUAACCGUGCGAAGCUAGCCAAGCAGCUGGAAAUCAUUAUGCAGGAUGUCAAAAAUGAAACCCAAGUGGCCGCUGCUCUGGAGAGCUGCUACGAGCAGAUCCGCUGCCUGGUGAACAGCGCCCUGUCGCAGGAGCAACAGCCGGAUAUGGACGAGGCUACCUUGGCGAGCCUGAAGAGCCAGCUGAUGCAGCUCAGCAACAAAACCUCACCGGUGCGCAGUCUCAUGGCCAAGCGCUUCUAUCUCUUUGUCCGUGUGUCGUUGCGCGCCGACAACCACAUUCCACCACCGCCCGCCGGCUUCAAGGAAUUUGAGGAGGAGCUGACUGCACUUAUAUCGUCGAUACUGCGCUUGAUAUCCUACAAUCAUGCUGUCUUUGGGGAUCAGUUCUUUAAAAUCUUGGAAAAGACAACUCCCAGCGCUCCGGAGUCGACGUCCGAGCCUGCCGCAGCCACACCUAUUAAUGGCAUUGCACAGGUGGCCAACCCUUAAAAAAGUUAAUGUGGGACCCUGGACCUGGACCUGGAACUGGACCUACAGACGCCGAGAAAAAAAAAUAUAAAUGUUAACACCCAAAAAGGACAAUGAAGGAUGCCGCGAAAAAAGGAAUGUCUACUGGUAUUAUAGCACUGGAAACGCUAUAGACCCCGAGAACUGGAAAAGGAGAAGUGAGGAUGGUGACUAGGAGAAGGAAACGCCGUGCCCAUUGAACUGAACUAUCCAUUCUUAGCUCUUUAAACAUGUAUAUUCAAAAAGAUAAAUAUCUUUGAUUUGGAUCACAAUUAAUAUAAUUUGAAAGUCAA